AUGAUUUUAGAGAUUAUCUUUUGGGCAGGAAGUAUCUAUCUGCCCUAUGAACAGUAUUCUGCUGCAAGGGAAAUAUGUAGCCCAUUGUCAGAAGAGGGGGAAUUUCACAAGGAUGGCCGGAAUCUGGAAGUAUCUUCUGAGAGUGAUUUGGAUGAGAAUCUCUUGUCUAGGUUUGAUUCUGGCUCUCGCCGGAAACUCCGCCUCUACCAGUUUUUGCUGGAGCUCCUUGAAGGUGGUGACAUGAAAGAAUGUGUGUGGUGGGUGCAGCGUGAUGCAGGCAUCUUCCAGUUCUCUUCAAAGCACAAGGAGGUUUUGGCACACCGCUGGGGCCAGCAGAAAGGCAACCGCAAGAAAAUGACCUACCAAAAAAUGGCCCGAGCUUUGCGCAACUAUGGCAAAACAGGCGAGAUCCGCAAAGUGAAGAAGAAGCUCACGUACCAGUUUGGGACCUCACUGCUGAGCCCAUCACCUUCUUCCUAAAGCCCUCAGGACUCCUGGGCCAGAAUAGCCUCCAAUGAAAUGUUUCCUUUGUUGGCUUUCUUGAAAACUCUAUUUGGGCAUUUGCCAGCAUGGCUGUAUUAGAGAACCUGCCAGAUGCUUAGUACUAAGCAAGGAGGGUUGGUCUGAAGGCAAUGAGGGCUUUUAUUGGGUGGGAGGUCCUGCACUUUAAGGGAAGGUUUAUGAACCAGGACUUGGGAGGUUUCCUUUUUGGGAUGGGAAAUUGAGGUUCAGUGGAAAUGCAUCAGGCUAGGAUUCCUGGGUUAAUCUUUCCUGGAUGGUCUGAGAAUCAGAGCUCAUAUCAACUCUUUUCAUGGAAUGAAAAAGAGAUGAGACAGCAGCAGAGCUGCUAAAUUAUUUUUGAAUAUGACCUUAAUGGAUUUAUGCCCACUCCUUAAAAUAUUUGUGGCGUCUCCCUACAAUUGCACAGGACUUAAUCCAAUGCUUCUCUUAUUCUCUUGCCAUUCCAUGCCUUCAACAACAUGAAUGACUUUUGGAGCAAGUAGGAAAAUUGUGCAGAGUAUAGUUCUGGAACUCUUUCCAAUCUCUUAAUAGCUACUCCACUCAUAUAAUCAGGAAGUAAAAGUGGACAAAUCAGCCACUGUCUGAGUUACUGCUCAGAUUCAACCCAUUUUUUAUCUUUCUUUUGCCAGCUUCCUUCCUCACACCAAAUUUGGUUUUGUUCAGUUUUCAGAGAAUAAUCUGGAAAGACAGUUGGUUAGAGUCCUUUAAUCCAACUAGAAACUUCUUUAAGCAACUUCUUUCCAACAGUCUGCUGGAAAGAAUAAAGAAACAAACAAUUGGUAAGGAGAGGCAUCAUCCCACAAGUGCUGGUCAUAAAAAGUACUCAUCUCUUGUACUUAGAUCCAACAAAUACAUUGGAAGCAAACCAGAGACAGAUAUGCAACUUGGGAUUUAUAUGGAUUCUCUGGGUUGAUAUGAUCCUCUAUGGUUGUUUCACACAAGGAUUUGGUAGCAGUUUGAAAGCAACUCCAAAGUUUUACAUUUUUGCAGUGUUGACAGUGUUGGAAGACUGAACUAAUUAAUUUUCAAUUCAACUUUGGUGUAAGUAGUCCUUGGCUUAUGACAACAAUUAAGUUUGGAGUUGCCGUUGCUAAGUAAAACAGUUUCUAUUGUUCAGCAAUGACCAUGUGGGUUGUUGAGCAAGAACCUAAUGUGACCACAACUUCUGACUUCCUGCCAGCUUCAUUACUGAAGUUACUUGUAAGUACUCGGUAGAGAACUUAGGAAAUCAUGAUCACAUGACUGUGGGGAUACUGUGAUGCCUGGAACUCUGAGAACCCACAAUAAGUUGUUCAGCGCUGUCCCAAGCUUGAAUGUUCUCUGAACCAGUGGUCAUAACCCCAGGAACAUCUGAACCUUGACUUUGAUAACUUUGUACCCCCCUCUCAGUUUUUUCAGUUUCUUCUUUCAGCAAGGAAUCAUAAUUUAUGGGUUGCCAGUUUCCUUCUCUGUACUGGAAAUACAGUAAGGAGAUAUUUGUUGCUUGGAGGAAAUUACUUCUCUUCCUUCAAGCAACAAAUGUGUUGAGUGUGAAAGUCCAUGCACCUUAAAAUUGCCCAGGUUGAAAAUUAGUGCUCUAGGAUUAACACAUUUUGGAUCAGGGCAAUGAUCUUUACUUCUGGUUCAUCUGUUGGUAGAAGCAAUCACUUACAAAUGGCUUCUAAAGACUGGGAAAGGAAAACAGUGAGAAUGUGGAAAUUGCCUGAGUUAACAUCAUUUGAGCAUCAUGGUGGGAAGGAAGCAGAUUAUUCAUUUUGGUGACACUUUGUACUAGUCUACUACUAGCCCUUGGGAGCCAAGACAGAUUCACCAUUUUUGAUAAGUCAUGUUUUGUUUAGCUACAGUUUGCUGGCUUAACUAGAAUUGGUUGUGUAACCAAAUCACUGUGGUUUGUUGAGUUACAGCUAAUCAUGUUGUGCAACCCCAGUUUUGUGGGCUGGCCUUUUGUAACUGGAGGAAACACAAGAUGAGGCCCAUAAGGCUUGGAUCUAAGAACGGGCAAGAUAAACAUGAGGGAGCUUUCAGGAGGGAGGGAUAUAAUAGAUCUUCAAAUAGUAGAAAAAAAGAUAGUAUUGAUGGGGUAGGGCAGCAGCGGACGGGAGGGAGGGAUUCACAUCUCUGGCCCAGGACUUGAGUGUGUAAUGUUUAUUCAAAUGUUUAUUUAAUACUACAGAGUGGGAAGUUUUUGGUUAAAAUCUGAUUAUUUUUAAAAUGGAUAUCUUUUGUACAUAUUUUGGAAAUUGCUAAUAAAUGUU